UAAGACGGAAGUAAUGCACCGGAUGUUCAAACACGAGCUUCAAACUGUACCAUCUCCUGAUUUUUGACCAUUAUAGGAAUCUUGCGGUUAUAGCUACAGAAAAUAAUCUCCGCGAUUCUUCCCUCGCAAUAUCGUGUUCUCAGAGAACGAUAUUCUCCCUACAGAUUUUAUAUAACCAUUACAUCGAAUAUAUAUAUUGUAAUCUCAGACCAUAAAUGUAAUUUGAACUAUACCGUUUAGUAACUCUUUGUGACCAAAACCUGACGUGUAAACGACAUUUCUUAAACUAGGGCCAUAUUCAGUAUGAUGUUGAAAGGACAACAAACCGGUUUGUUUCAAGUGUCUUUUAUCAUACUUUUCAUUGUGAUACCAGCAUUCAGCUACAUGUAUUUAAAACCGAUACGAAUCGGAUUAGGUCGGUGUAUCGACGACACUUCUGUCCCUCACAUGGUUGGUGAUACCUGGUACGACGACAAAAAGUGUGAAAAGCUAUCUUGUGUAUAUUUAGAAGGAUUUCUAUACAUAUCUGGUUAUGGGUGCGGAAGUGUUGGAUAUUCUCCUGGGUGUCUAGUAGUUAAAGAAAAAGGUAAUUACCCAAAGUGCUGUCCACGUCCCAACUGUUAACAGAGUUCCUGCCAUCUGGUGAUUACAAUUCGAAACACAUUGUCAUUUAACUCGAACAUUGGAGCAUAAGAACAUUAUAGAGAACGGAUAGCGAUAGGAACAACAUAUUUACAAAUGUACUUUAUUAAACCCCAUAUUACUGGGAUAGAAAGAUGGUUAUUUUAAACAAAUUUAAAUAAUUCUUACUAGAAAACACGUAACAAUAACAUUUGUUUUGCAUUAAGUUUGAUUUUAUUACUGUAUUAUCAAUGUAGUUGUAACAUUGUUUCCGUUUAAAAUUUCUCCCUUACAGUUCUUAUACAUAAAGACGAAUUAUAGGAAUUUCAAUAGAUAAUUAUAGUUAUAACUUCGUUUAAUUAAAGAAUUUGAUAGUUCCUUAUGUUUUAGUUUUCGAAAAAGUGUUGGAUGUUCUAAAAAUAUAAAUUAUUUCCAUUUUAAAGCUGGUGGGAAAUGUAGUUUAAGCUAGGAUAUUGUAUCAUGACAUUUUUCAUCAACUUGAAAACAAAAUAUAAAAACUUACAGAUUGGGGUAGAGAUUUAUAGUACGAUUUGUUUCUAAUAUGAUGUGACAUUCAUCGUGAAAACUGUUGACUUUUGUAAUGGGGAUACAGAAGAAUUAAAUUAGUUUUUCAAAUGUCA